ACCUUUUCUCCUUAUUAUCAUGCCUUACAGCCUCCCAUACGAUAAACGAAACAAUGUCAAAUCUGCACUUUUAUCUGGCAAAUCGAUUUGUCAGGUCUCAAAACUAACAGGUGUUACCAAAUCAACAGUUUCUCGUAUUAGAAAAGAGUUGCCAGAAAUAAAAACUUGCAUUGGUACCGGUAGACCAUCAAGAGUAGGUCAUCUUACGGCUUGUUUGCUACGAAUGAAAGUCCGAACUGGAGCAUUGAAGAAUGUCAAAGAAGUCCAAACUUGGUUGUCUGGACAGGGUAUUGCUUUGACGUAUAGUGGAACAGUCUCUCUGAUGAAAAGGGUAGGAU